UCUUCUCGCGACAGAACCAGGACAUUCGGAACGUGACCGUUUGAGACUGUGCCUUCGGACAUCUCUGUCGAAACCAAAUAUAUCCCUGUCAGCAUCCUGUACCUUGAUCCGAGCGUGUUAAGGCUGUUUCGCACGGGGUCGUUGCGCAUAUUUUCGGCACACUUAAAAAGGAACGUUGUAUCCUUCAGUUUCCGGAAAUAUUGCGAAGCAAGACAACCUAUAAGGAUGGCCGCUUACAAACUGGUGUUGAUUCGUCAUGGUGAGAGCUGCUGGAAUCAGGAAAACCGCUUCUGCGGCUGGUUCGAUGCCGACUUAAGUGACACGGGAGUCCAGGAGGCCAAGAGAGGUGGUGUCGCCUUGCAAGACGCCGGCUAUGAAUUUGACGUAUGCUACACUUCAGUUCUCAAGCGAGCAAUCAGAACCCUGUGGUUAGUUCUGGAACAGAUUGACCAGAUGUGGCUACCAGUGCACCGGACCUGGCGUCUGAACGAACGGCACUAUGGUGGUCUUACUGGGUUAAACAAAGCUGAAACAGCUGCUAUGCACGGUGAGGCCCAGGUGAAGAUCUGGAGACGUUCAUUUGACAUCCCGCCACCCUCGAUGGAAGAGGAUCAUGACUUCUACACUAACAUCAGCAAGGACCGUCGUUAUGCCGACCUAACAGAGGACCAACUACCUUCCUGUGAGAGCCUGAAGGACACAAUUGCACGGGCACUGCCAUUCUGGAAUGAAGAAAUUGUCCCACAGAUCAAAGAGGGCAAAAGGGUUCUGAUUGCUGCCCAUGGCAACAGUCUGAGGGGCAUCGUCAAGCACCUGGAGGGUAUGUCUGAUGAAGCAAUUAUGGAGUUGAAUUUGCCCACGGGUAUCCCCAUUCUGUAUGAACUGGACAAGAACCUGAAGCCUGUGAAACCCAUGCAGUUCCUGGGGGAUGAGGAGACGGUGCGCAAAGCCAUGGAGGCUGUGGCAGCGCAGGGCAAGGCCAAGAAAUAGAGGAGAGAAAACAAGAUGGAGGGUAGCAUAAUGUUAGGAGUGUGAAGGUGAAACAACAUUCUCUCUUGAAUUAUUCAUGCAAGAUUAUCCCAAAAUAGUCUGUACACUGCUAAUUCACCUCCCAACUCACAUAACCUGUAUUUCACUGUCACUUCAUUCACCACUGAAGCUAUACAUAUUAGAUAAGAGGUGCAUGCAAUUAUUUUGUGGGUAUUUCAAAUAAUAAAUUGUAAACCUAUAGCCAGAAAAGCUUAUAGCUACAAAUUGCCAUGUGUUCCAAAGCUAUAAAAGUUUGUAAAGUAAAGAAAUAAAAUGAAAUAGAGAUACCCCAAAUAUGUGAAACAGUAUCAUUGCAAUCUCUAUGUGACAAUAACCAUAGUCAACGUAAUACUCUAUCAGGGAGGAUAAAAUGCUGUUAAAAUAGAUAUGAUGCUUCCCAAAAAUCUAUAUGUUAGAGGUUUUUGCACUGAUGUUUUGACGAUUGUUCAUUCUAUAAUACAGGCCUCUCCUUAAGCAUAUUGCUUUCAUAUACAAUCCCAAGUAUUCAUGUGACUGACUGAAUUUAAAGGGUCCUGAAAUAAAAGCUCUGCGUUGAA